AUGGCGAGACCGCUGCUGCUGCUGUUGAUGCUGGCGGCGUCUUCCUGCCUCGCUGCUUCCGGGCAGGAGGUGAAAAAGCUCCCGGAGAAGGACGGAAUUUUACAGCUACACAAGGGAAAUUUUAACAGAGCACUGAGGACCUACAAACAGCUACUGGUGCUAUUCUAUGCUCCACUGUCUGCAGACGGCCAUCGUUUGUCAGAAGUGUUUCAAGGAGCCGCCGUCGAUCUUCAGGACUCAGACGUCCAUUUGGCAACGGUGGACGUGACAAAAGACAAAGCGCUAGCCAAAGAACUUAAUACAACAGGACCGCCAAACAUCAGGCUGUACCUUUUUGGAGAUAAAUUAAACUUUGUAUCCUGCCCAGUUCCUCAGAGCUCCGCUUCCAUUGUGACGUGGUUGAAAAGGAGGGCAGGGACUGUUACCGACCUCGUCGCCGAUCUCAGCCAAUGGGGGAGCGAGGAGGAGGGGUUUCGUGUGGCCGGAUUCUUUGAGGAGCUGGACAGCGAGUACGCGCAGGUGUUUUACGCGGCUGCAGUCAGCCUCCCGGACGUCAACUUUGCCGUGACGCAGAAUGAUGAUGUCAUCAGUAAAUAUGAUGUCACGAAGGAUGUCGUGCUACUCUUCAAACAGUCGAAGUUGAUCCAAGCCUACAAGAUGACACCUCAGACCUCCAAAGAGGACUUGUUGACUUUUAUCAGCGUCUACCAGAUGGAUCCUGUCACGGAAUAUUCUGGAAAGACAGCCACUCAGAUCCUGUCCUCGCCCGUUCUAAGCCACGCCCUCCUUUUUGUCAACAAAAGCUCGGCCGAUUUCCACGAGGUGCACACCGCCUUCAGUGCUGCUGCCGAGGCCUUCAGGAUGAAGAUCUUGUUCGUUCUGGUGGACGUCUUCGAGCCGCGGAACGGCCGUUUGAUGGAGUACUUCCGUGUGCGGGCCUUCGAGGCUCCUCUCGUGCGAUUGGUCAAUAUGGUUGACCACGUGACCUAUCAGCUGCCCUCAGCCACGCCGGACGCCAGCUCCAUCGAGGCCUUCUGCCUGGACUACCUGGAGGGCAAGGCCAAGCCCAAGAUGCAGAGUGAGCCGAUACCGGACGGAUGGGACCGACGUCCAGUCAAGGAACUGGUCGGAAGCACUUUUGAGGAGGUUGCCUUCAACCCCAACAGGACUGUGUUUGUCUUGUUUUACGUUCCGUACAGUCCGGAGUCCCGUGUGGUGUUCCCCCUGUGGGAGGAGCUCGCUGAGGCCUUCAAGGACCGCGACGAUAUUGUGGUCGCUCGCAUCGACGCGUCGGCCAACGACAUCGACAUGUCGGUGCAACGCGCCUAUCCGGCCUUCUGCCUCUUCCCCGCCCUCUACGCAGAGAGAGCGGUGUUUUACACUGGCAAGAUGAAGCCGAAGGCCCUGCUCGCGUUUGUCCACGAGGAGAUGAAGAAAGCCGCAAAAGACAGAAUGAAGGAGGAUGAAGACAGGAGGAAGUACGUGGAGGUCGUGAAAGCAGAAGAGGAGAAGAAAGAGAGAAACACGACCAAGGACGAACUUUAACAGGGGCAU